ACAAAUUUUUUACUAAAAUAAUACUAAAAGUACGAUUUAAAUGUGUUAAUUAAUCUAAAUUUGUCAAAAUUCAACUUUUAUUCUAUUCUCACUUGAAAAAUCCAAAUAUUAAAGAUUUUAACAAAUUUACUCGUUUUAAGAGUGAUUUUAUACGUAAAUUCAUCUUAAAAGCUGUUUUUUGACGAAAACUUCAUUAAAAUAUUGGGAAAUGUCUGAAAACGACAAAAGAAAGCCCAGUUCAAGAAUCACCAGAUCAAUGACAAAAAAGCUCAAAUUAGCAGAACUAAACAUGACAAAAUUGAUGGAUUUAGACGACGACUGUUUGCUGCAUCUUUUACGUUUCUUCGAUAUUUUUGAGCUUAUCCAGCUUCGUGGCAUUUGUUGUCGCUUGGAUAAUUUAAUUCUUCAAAGCCGCAAAAGAUUCGGAAUUAUUUAUUUGUACUAUUAUUAUAAUCAAUUGCGAUUUUGGAAAGAAAAAAUCUUAGAAAUUCUCGAAUUCGUUGGACCACAAGUCAAAAUUCUUGAUUUUGAUUGGAUACCCAGCGAUCAUAUUGAGGAUAAAUCAAUAUUUUUUUACUGUAUUGCCAAACAUUUUACGAUCCUCGAGAAUUUCAAGUACUUUUCAAAAACCAAUAUGGAUGACAAAACAAUUCAAAAAUUCGCGCCAAUAGUGAAACGUUUAAAAAGUUUAACCAUAAUAAGUCACCAAAUUGAUGACAACCUAAGUGAUUGCUUCCUGAUGAGUGAAUCUCUUGAAGAAUUGAAAUUUGAGUCUUGGAAUAGAAAAAUUACAAAAAAAUUCUUCGAAAAUAUCUCGAAUUUGAAAUCUUUAACCAUUAAUGAAUGUUGGAAUCUAACAUCAGAUUGUUACGUCGAAAUUUUGAAAAAUAACCUCAAAUUGAAAAAACUUAAGAUAAAAGUAAAUUCUGUCGAUUAUUACAACUAUCAUCCGAUUCUUCUAAAAGGGAGCCACAAUUUGGUGAAUUUUAUCGUAAAUAACUUGUGCGAAAUUAAAAAUCUUUCAUUUGAUGUACUUUCAUCCAACGUAAGCCUCUUAGGGGAUUUACCAAACUUAAAAAUACUCGAAAUCCAUCAACGAUCAAGAAAUGAAUCAGAUGAACCGUGGAUUUCACGAGAAUUAAACAAUCUCUUGGAAAAACUAACGGAAAAGAAUAUAAUCGAAGAACUUUACAUCACAGGAUUUAAUAGCCAAAUAAAUGUGGAUCUCAUUGGCAAAUUGACUUCUUUGAACAAACUCUCGCUCUAUGGAACUCAAAGUCUCGGAGAAAGUGACUUAAUUAAAUUACAAACUCUUGAAGAGCUUGAAAUGUUGGCGAUUGAGAAUUUAAAGAAAUCCACUUCGGUUUUUUGUUUGCUUGAGCCGUUGAAGAAUCUAGAAAAAUUGGACCUUCAAGAUACAAAUGUAACUGUUGAUUUUUUCAAAGAGUUAAUUCCCAUUUUGAACCGAUUGAGAAAUCGUCCAAAGUUAAAUCUUCAAGUUAAUAGAAUUCAUCGCGAGUAUCGUGCAUAUCAAGUUUUUAAAGAUUAUAAAAAUAUUUUGCAUGUCGAUUACAAUGAUGAUGAUACAUUUGCUUCUGAUCCUGACUCUGAUGAAAAUACUGAUUCUGAUGAUUAUUAAAAUUCAUUAAAAAAAAUAAUU